CUUAUCAAAAGGUCGUACACGUUACACCAACACCGGCUCCGCACGCCGUCCACCGGCAGUAGCGAACCGCUGGCAGCGCGACCGACGUGUCCAGUGCGCCGCGCCGUUGAUCGCAGUAAUCGACCGCGUCUCUUUAUUUCUACAUCCUGUUUCUGUGCUUUUUCUGUCAAUUUUACGGAUUUGUCGAUACUGCGCGAUACCAAACGUCACACAAACAAUGCGAGUGCAUCACUCGAUCAGUCUGUUGGCGCCCGGCCGCUACGGUGCCAUCUGCAGCGCGUCCGCGAACCCCCAAGAGAACUGCAAUUGCGUCCACGACGACGCAGACCUCGCGCAGCUGACCGCCAAAUCAUGCAUUUGCAGUAGCAGCCCCACGGUCGACCCCAUAGUACAACCCCGUUCAAGGCGUAAACCUCGGCACAGGUCUGGAUCGUGGCCGAGGACUCGGUCACUUAACGCUCCUAGUCCCGUACAGCAGUUCGGACCAUGUGGGCGCAUCAUGAAAAACUCAGCAAUGGUCAUGACAAUUCAAGACCCGGCUAGCCAAAGAUUAACGUGGUACAGGAAUCCGUUGACCGUUUUAGUGAUAAAAAAAGUCAGAGACAUGUCAGUUUUACCUCCAUUUAUACAACUCGUUAGAUGGUUGAUUCAUGAAAAGAGUAUGAUUGUAUUUGUCGAACAAUCUGUGAUGGAAGACACUAUGCUUACCAGUAACUCGGGUUUCAUGGAAGUCCGAGAGAAACUAAAGUCAUUCCAGGAUGGCAAAGACGAUCUUACAGAUAAAAUAGAUUUUAUAAUUUGUUUAGGUGGAGACGGUACAUUACUUUAUGCUAGUCUUCUAUUCCAACAAUCUGUACCUCCUGUUAUGGCGUUCCACUUGGGUUCCCUAGGUUUUUUGACGCCAUUCAAGUUUGACAAUUUCCAACAACAAGUAACUAACGUCCUUGAAGGACAUGCAGCUUUAACUCUUCGCAGUAGACUUAGAUGUAUAAUAGUUCGGAAGAAUGAGGAUACUGAGAAACCUCCUCCAAAUUUAUUGGUGCUAAAUGAAGUUGUUAUUGAUCGAGGACCAUCGCCGUACCUUUCUAAUAUAGAUUUGUUUUUGGAUGGAAAAUAUAUAACGUCUGUGCAAGGAGAUGGUCUUAUCGUGUCAACACCAACUGGAAGCACUGCCUAUGCUGUAGCGGCUGGAGCGUCAAUGAUCCAUCCCAGUGUUCCAGCUAUCAUGGUGACUCCCAUAUGUCCUCACUCACUAUCAUUCAGGCCUAUUGUAGUGCCAGCCGGUGUUGAAUUAAAAAUAAUGGUAUCUCCAGAUAGCCGCAAUACGGCCUGGGUGUCAUUUGAUGGUCGUAAUCGGCAAGAAAUUUUCCACGGUGAUAGUUUACGAGUAACGACAUCAAUAUAUCCUGUACCAUCAAUAUGCGCUCAAGAUCAAAUAUCCGACUGGUUUGAUUCGCUUGCUGAAUGCUUGCAUUGGAACGUACGCAAACGGCAAAAACACUUUGAAGAAUUGUCUGAUCUGGCACAUUCUAGUUAUGACGAUUCACUAGAUCCGCCAUCAAAAGGCAUUAUUUAUUAGUCUUGGGUAAAUCAUUUUCAUCAUCAAGAAUUAUUACCAGGGUGCACCGUGCAUUUAAUGAAGUUCAAAAGUUUUUGCCAAACUCGUUUACUCCUCUAGAAGUCGUAUCUACACAAUCAUUGGUUCUCACAAUGGACAAAUUCGUGCAAAAUACAUUUUAUUAAUAUUGUCUUGUAAUUAACUGUUAAAGGUACAUGUCUCUAAGCUACCUCAGAGAAUUAGCAUUACCUACUCAGUUAUAAUUUUUGCAGUACUGACUUUAGUUUUAACUAAUUAAUAUACUUGUUAAUUUUAUUGUAUUGGUUAUUUAAAGGUAAUGAGAGUGAUAGUUUUCGUAAAAAAACUAAUUGUACGCUCGUAAUUUUUUUUUUUUUUUUUUAAUAAGCCUUUAAUUUGGGGAACAGUUAUUAAUUUAUUUGGGCUUAACUUUUUUUUUUUACCAAUAUAUAUUUUAUACCACUGUUUUUCUAACAGAAAUAUUGAACUCAAAUUUAAUAUCUGUCUUGUUUCCCAUUCUACAUUUCAAUGUAAUAUUAUAUAGUAUGUUAUAAUAUUGUUAAGAUAGUGUUAGCAAAACUUGUAUUAUAUUUUAUUAUUUUUAGUAAAACAUUUGUAAAGAUGUUUUUAGUUAA